AUGUCAUCUUCUAAACCGAAAUCCGUCUUUGUUACUGGUGCUUCUGCAGGUAUUGGUUAUGCAUUAUCAAUUGAAUUUGCUAAAAAGGGUUAUAAAGUAUUUGCAGGUGCUAGAAGAUUGGAAAAAUUGAAAAAAUUGGAAGAAUAUGGUAUAACAAUUGUUGAAUUUGAUAUCUUAAAUACUGAAUCUAUUAAUAGAGCUAAAAAUUUAAUAUCUAAAGAGACUGAUGGUGAAUUAGAUAUCUUGUUUAAUAAUGUUGGUAUAGCACCAUCUAAAAAUUCAAUUUUUGAUCAAGAUAUAAAAGAAUUACGUCAAGGAUUUGAAACUAAUUAUUUUGGUCAUGUUGAAGUUAUUCAAAUCUUCCAAACUUUAAUCUUAAAAUCAAAAGGUCUUGUUGCAUUCACAGAUUCUGUUAUUGAUUUAUCACCAGCUCCAUUUACAGGUGCUUAUGCUGCUUCAAAAGCUGCCUUCCAUCAAUUAGGUGAGAGUUUAGCAUUAGAAGUUAAUCCACUAGGUGUUAAAGUUGUUCAAGUGAGAACAGGUAGAGUUGAAUCAGAAAUUGGAGGAACUGAAGAAACUCCAAAACCAUCAAAAGAUUCAAUUUAUUAUCUUGAUGAAGAUACAAAUAUUCUUUAUGCUGAUUUUGGUGAUGGUCAAAAAGCAGAUGUUUAUGCUAAAAAUGUCAUAAGUGAUAUUGAGAAAGUGAUUCGUUCAAAAUCUACAUUUUACAAAGUUGUCUAUAGAGGUGAUAAAGCAUCAACAGUGGGUUGGAUUAGUUGGUUAUUACCUUUUUCCGUUUGGAUCUCUAAUAUUAUAAGUUUUUUGAAGCUAAAGGAACCUUUUGCUAGAGUUAAGGCUAAAUUAGAUCAUCCAAAGAGUUCUUAA